AUUCCAUCCAUCUAUCUAUUUUCUAUACCCUCUCAUGCCUGCACGAUCGUGGAGAUAAAUUGUGUUCUGAGAAGCUGAAACUGUAAUUCUCACUUAGAAGAACAGCGUGAUGGAAGUAUGCUUUCAACGUCCUACCCAUUAUAUGAUAGUUUCACUUGUCAUACCUUACGGUGCUUGCGCCCCUGGGACUCUUGUGAUUGACAGAGUCAUGCUGAACUUUCGUUUUGCUUUCUGGCGUGUCCAAUAUGUUUUGAAUAUUUAAAGGACGAUGUCAGAAAUACUGAUGAAGGAAAUGGAGAGUCUAUCGAUCGGCCCAGCGAAGCCGGAGCAGCUGAGGGACGGGGCCCAGAGCUUCCUGCUGGUGGACGAACAAGAAAACCUGCAGGUACAAAAUGAAGCUGAGUUUGUGGAGAGGCUCAGCUGCGUGGAUGUCGCCGGAGUCAAGGUCCUCUCCAUCUUUGGCAACACUGGCGAUGGCAAGUCCCACACUCUCAACCACAUCCUGUUUGGGGGCGAGAGUGUGUUCUACACCUCCAAGUCCCCCAGCUCCUGCACGGUGGGGGUGUGGGCCGCUUACAAUCCCACUCUGAGCCUGAUCGCUCUGGAUACAGAGGGUCUGUUGGGAGCAGCAGCCAAUCAAAACCAGAGAAUGCGUCUCCUUCUGAAGGUUUUGGCCGUGUCUGAUAUCGUAGUCUAUCGCACACGGGCAGAGCGCCUCCAUAACGACAUGUUCCAGUUCCUGAGCAGUGCGUCGAGGGCCUACCUGAAGCACUUCACCCGAGAGCUGAAGGCCCUGUCCAGUCGGUGUGGCCUGGACGUCCCCCUGUCCUCUCUCGGGCCUUCGGUCAUCGUCUUUCAGGAGACUACACACACACAGCUGCUGGGCCACGAUUCGAAGGGGCCCGGUUAUGCCGACACUCUCCUUCAGAAGCGCUUCCAUGACCUGAGUUUGGGGACAGAGGCCUUCAGCUCGGUCCAGUACGUUGGCACCCAGACCAUCACUCCCCCCACGGAUUACAGCAAGCUGCUGGAGGCCGUCAGGCAGCAAGUGAAUAACACUCACACACGCUCCGCCCGGCAGCCGGGGAUCGUGUUUCAUGCUCUGGAAGCUCUGAGUGAGCGUUUCUGUGGGGAGCUAUCUGAUAAUAAGAUGAUGCUGUACUCCUUCUUCCCUGACGAGUACUUCACCUGCUCCUCUGUGUGCCUCAGCUGCAACAUCCGUUGUAAAAACGGCAUGAAUCAUCUAAGAGACCGGGUCCCCCACAUGGCAGAUGGACUCUGCCAGUUUGCACAUCAGUACAACAACAAGGUCCUCAUCUGUAAACGGUGCUAUGAAGGCGGCAGAGAGGUGAUUGUUGUGCCCAAAACCUCAGCUUCCUCUGACAACCCGUGGUUUGGGCUGGCCAAGUACGCCUGGUCAGGAUAUGUGUUGGAGUGCGCUAGCUGUGGCGUAAUCUACAGGAGCAGGCAGCACUGGAUGGGCAACCAGGACCCUGAGAGUGGGGUGGCACGGUCCGAGGUCAAACACGUCUGGGAGGAUUCCGACACCUUUCUGACCAACCACCGGAACGCAGCUCAGAGGGUCCUGGACGGGAUGAACUAUGUGAUCCAGUCAGUGUCUGAGUAUGGGACCGGCCCCACCAAAGCGGUCACAGCCUGGCUCACUGACCAGGUGGCUCCUCCAUACUGGAGACCUAACGCAGAGAUCACUGCCUGUUAUGGGUGUCAGAAGGAGUUUGAGGAGGCAGAGAGGAAGCAUCACUGUCGAUCAUGCGGCGAGGGUUUCUGUCACCCGUGCUCCAGCCACAGGAUGCCGGUGCCUGAGAGGGGCUGGGGCAGCAGUCCUGUCCGAGUGUGUAAGACCUGCUACAGGCAGGGAGGACCUCCUGACACCAACAGCCAGGUGUGUAAAGUGGAGCCUCGUGGUCUGAUAGCUCGCAGGGUGACGGAGGUGGCCCAGUCUACAGUGGAUAUGGUCACCACAGCUUUGGACUAUCCGCGUUCUUUUGUUAAGGACGUGGCUCGGCCAGACUACUGGGUCCCGGACCACAACAUCACCCAGUGCCAUCAGUGCUCGAAGACCUUCACUCCAGCCAUGUCUAAGCACCACUGCAGGGCCUGUGGGCAGGGGGUAUGCGGCCCAUGCUCCACUCACAUAAAACCAGUGCCCUCCCGUGGCUGGGACCACCCGGUCAGGGUGUGCGACGGCUGCUUCGCCCGCACCGACACUCUGUAACCGCCACCAGUCAGAAAAACGUUUCAGUUUUCCUCAGGUAGUCCCACUCAGCACCAUAAAUCCCAACACCGCCGCUCCAAGAAACAAAGAGGGAUCGACCCAACAGCACCAAGAGACUAAACUGGAACCAUCUUUCCUUUCAUGGGCAGUAAAGGGGAACCAUAGAGGCUUGGUAUGAACACUGUGAGGGGUGUAAACUGUCAGCCCUGACAUAUCUACUUUGCUAUAUCUGCGUUUAUUGUACAAACUGAUUCUGGAUCAGUUAUGAGACGUAAUUCCAGCCACAGAUCACUUCUACUGCAGCCCCAACCAUCAGUCAAACAGCUCCGAGGUGAACUGGAUCAGAAACAAACUGGACGUUUUCCUUUUAACAGACUGUUUUUAAGAUGUAAGACAUUCAUCUCCUCGGUUCUCAUUAAGUCACAGCAGAACUUAAACUCUUAACAUCUCUUUAGAUUGUUGUUUUCACCCUUCCUGCAGCAGGCUGCUCAACCUUAUCUGGAAUUAAAAACUAGCUCAAAUAACGUGAGAACAAGUCAAAGGGAUGUUUAAUUGUUUGAUGGACAUUUUUAAAUUCCCUAAAUCCACAGAAAGCGUUGUCUUGGUCUCUCGUUUGAUUUAUUUGCACAGACUAGGAGAGCAGAGAUUGUGUGUUUUCUUUUAUUAUAAAUGAAAAUCUUUGAGUUAGAGAAAUAGAGCUUGGGGUGUUGUGAUUUAAAAUGAAUGAUCUGCUACAGCAUGUGCCUUCAUGGGUAUAUUACUACUCAAUUAAACAUCAUUUGUGCUUAGUUAUGGAAUUUCUUUUCACUUAUAGCCUUGAUCAUCAAACACAUUUACAGCUCUAUUGGCUAUAUUGUGGAAGGUGAUGAGAGUGAAAUCAAUAUUUUAGCAUAUUUAGACAUUCCAGUGGGUAAAAACACCCUGAGUACUAGGGUAGAUUUACUUCUCCUCAGAAAGAUGAUGCAGCUGCACUAAACCAGUGAAGCAAUCUCAUGUAAUCACAUGUAUAAAUAUAACAUUGACAUUACAAGUUUGAUUGAAAACCUACAGCUUUUUGUGUCACAUGUUCAUGCUUUAGUUUUCUCUAGCGUGUAAAAAUACAGUUUUUAUUCAAUUCUGGCAAUUGAAACUCUUGACUUUGAUUUUAAAUAAAAUGGCAUCAACCAAAUAAAGACAAGAAAAACA